CGCUGUGCUUCCCCUUCAGGUACCGUCCUCUCUUUCUUUCUUUCUGUUUAUAUUUUGUGUUUUUUUGUCUACCCGUCUGUUUAGCCCCAAGUAUGACCAAACACUUACCACGUAUCCUUUAAUCCACGAACGCAUCCCGCGUGGCAGAAAUAACACAUACCCAGACACACCUUUCCCUCGCCACUCUGCCAGCGUCCCGGCAUCGCCUGACGAAGCGCAGGAGGACAUGUGGCCGCGCGCUCUCCCGCUGGCGCUGCUGUGGGCCGUCCACGUCGCGAGGGGCAUCCCGUCCGUGUACCUCGUGGACGACAGCUUCGGGAACUUCCUCUUGGUGAAGGGAGCCACGCUGUCGGAGGCCACUUUUAACGUCUCUUCUGAUUCGCUUUGUACAUGUCGUGCGCAAUGCAAUGCUAUGAUUGAAUGUAAGGCAGCCUCUUUAGUCGAAGAUGUUUGUAGCCUGAGCUUCUCUGGCCUAAAAGUAUCGACGUUCACUGAACACGAGAACGCCAGCCUCAUGAUGUGGAACACCACCCUCGACGGAUCCUUCUGGCUGGGCGGGGACAGGCGCCUGUACCUGACCUUGAGCGGGAUGAUGAGGGCAGGGGAUGCCAUGGCCAAGUGCAGCGGGUUUCCCGGCUUCAGACUAGGGGUGUUCUCCUCCCUCGAGUCCAUGGCCGUCCUCAAGGAGUUCUUCGACAGAGAUGGCUCUAUGGUGACAGUCGACUUAUCACCUAGUGACGUUUGGGGAGAUGGCGUGCCCUACGACCAAGAAAACAGCCUCUUCGAAAGGGACAUUAUCCCAGGUUACAACUUCGCCAUACUGAACGGGAAUUUAACCCAAGGAUUCAGAGGCACGAGAGUCAGGCUGCUGUGUCAGGCAGAUCUCGCUAGUCCAUGAAGUGAAGACCUCCAGCGGACAGCGGUUCCUCGUGCUAGUCCUGGUGCCAAUGCCAGCUACCAGGCUGUUGAUAACUAAUGAAACUUGAAAAUUAUGGUUCAGUUACUUGGUCUUGGUAAUGCAAUUAUCUUGCAAAAUUGGCAGCACAAUGUGGACAAGAGGACAAACGAGAACUUUACAUCGCAAGAGACGCUUUCGAGGGAAGGUAACUGAACCAUUCUUUUACAAGCAAUGUAGUUUAGUCUGCUUAUAAAGUUCACUAACUCACUGAACUAUGUGCCUUUCAACGCGAUCCUUAAACCUUGAACAUUUUUAGUCUCUUGAAUGAUUUGGAAUAUAACCCUCCUAAGAAACAAUCUAAAGAAAGGAGGGAAAAUGUGCUGUACUAAUAUCACGCUUGCAUGAGUUUUGCUCACUCUUGGUUAUCAAAGCGAAUAUGCACCUGCCAGUUUGUCGAUGAUUGAUGCCAGGUAAACGUUUUUUUUUUUAGUAAUUGAAACCUUCGUGAUUGUGAUUAUUUGAUUACCUAGAUCGAUGUUAAUAUAACAUGCUUUCAGGCGAACGUCGCCAAGUGAAGUGCAUCAAAACUUGAAAAAAUAAGUCGAUAAAUCGAUGAGUAAGAAAUAAAAAUUGUAGAUCCACCCAAGAAGAUAUAUAUGAAACAGUAUACCGUGCCAUUAGCGUACGAAUGAUAUGGGAUAAACACGUGUUAUCAGUAAAUACAAGAAGAAAAAAGAUACUGUUAUUUAUAUCAAUUUAAUUACAAAGUACCGUUUAGACGAUUGUAUUAUGUGUACUUCAAGACACCUUGUUUCAGUAGCCAGUGACUGACCUGAUCUGACCCGACCUAACCAAACCGACUGUAAGGGAGGUAGUC